AGGCCGCGCCUCCAGCAGGGCAAGCCUGGAAGCGGGCUGGUCCCUGCGCGUUCCCGAGGAAAGAGACUCGCGCCUCGGCGCUUCCGGACCUGCGCUCGGGCCGCUGUUGCUUGUCUCCGAGGCUGCGGUAUGGGGCCCGUGCCGCGAACUCUGGAGCUCUUCUACGAUGUGCUGUCCCCCUACUCCUGGCUAGGUUUCGAGAUCCUGUGCCGAUAUCAGAACAUCUGGAACAUCAACCUGCAAUUGCGCCCCAGCCUCAUUGCAGGGAUCAUGAAAGACAGUGGAAACAAGCCACCAGCUCUGCUUCCCCGGAAAGCCAAAUACAUGAAUAAUGACAUUCAACUUCUGAGACAGCAUGUUGGGGUCCCCAUCUGUUUACCUAAGGAUUUCUUCUCUGUGCUCCUUGACAAAGGAAGUCUGUCUGCCAUGCGAUUCCUCACGGCUGUGAAUUUGGAGCACCCAGAGAUGCUGGAGAAAGUGUCAAGGGAGCUAUGGAUGCGUGUCUGGUCACGGGAUGAAGACAUCACAGAGCCCCAGAGCAUCAUGUCUGCUGCAGUAAAGGCUGGGAUGUCUGCAGAACAAGCACAGGAGCUUCUAGGAAAGAUCUCAACACCAACAGUGAAGAACCUGCUCAGGGAAACCACGGAGAAAGCCUGCAAAUAUGGGGCCUUUGGGCUGCCCAUCACAGUGGCCCAUGUGGAUGGUCAAACCCACAUGAUAUUUGGCUCUGACCGGAUGGAGCUGCUGGCACACCUGCUGGGAGAGAAGUGGAUGGGGCCUACACCACCAGCAGUGAAUGCCAGACUUUAAGAAUGUCCAGAGGAAGCAAAACUAGAAAAAAAAGCAAGACUUUCUGCUCCAUUCGUCUUCCACCAACAGGCCCUGGGACUCUGAUUUCCCUGUCUGAUUUGAGGUAUCCUCUGUGACUCUGGGGUCUGUCUCCCUUCCUCCUAAUCCUCAGAGGUGCCAGGGAGGGGACUUACCAUUAGUCUUCUCUCUGCCUUUACUUCCGGGCCUCAGAAGUGCCUUUUCAGAGCCCCAAACUCUAAUUUCCCAUAAAAUAAACCUCAUGCCAUUAGGCAGAGUGUUUCCUG